CGUUCCCCAGAUCAAGACAGUCCCCAUCCGAUAUUUCGGUAUUUUUCGACAGCUCCCGCUCCACUGCGUUGGACACCUCCGAAUUUGGAUCCUGUUUGCUCUUACGACCCUGAGUAAUGGCCCAGGCGUUGCUUGCCCCAAUUGCCGUUUUCUAAGAGCAGCUGUGGUGAAUCAAUGGGCUGCUGAGUGGGCCGUCACCCAGAUUCCCUUGCGUGACACCCAAUUUGGGAACGUUCCUACUCGCACGACCUCUGCGCCAUGGCCACUUCACGAGGGGCACGCCAUGCCUGGCUCUAUCUUGCCUCGGCCGCCCUGUUAUGGACCGCUCUGGUAGCAGCCAAACCUUCGAUACCGAUGGACUAUUGUGCCAGUAUCAACACAGCUUCGAUGGGUGCCAACAGCAGCAUUUAUCAGUCCGACGGCCUCUGUUACCACUUCUGUGAGGGCCAAUAUGCCCUUGCUAUUGUCCAGGAGAAGUCGUGUUGGUGCUCCGAUUAUAUUCCCGGCAAGUCGUCGCAGGUGUCGACGGACGAGUGCAGCAAUUCCUGCCCCGGUUUCCCCGACGAUGUCUGCGGUGGAGAUGGCCUGUUUGGAUACAUGACCCUGAAAAAGCCCGCUGCUGGCACCGCAAACACAGGGUCCACGACCUCCUCUUCAGUGAAAGAGACUGUUAAAACUGAGACGGUGCAGAGCACUGUCCAGGAUACGAUCACUUACAUUCCACCUUCUGAGCCUUCCACUACUUCUUCUCGUCUACCAAACACGAAUCCAUCGCCGACUGUCUCGACGGUCACAGCAGACGGCACGGUUCGGACCGUCACGGUCACUCCCACCGCGGGCGGCAACUCGCCCAGCUCAGCCACCUCAUCGUCUAGUUCUAAAAAGGGCCUGAGCACCGGAGCCGCCGUUGGCAUCGCGAUUGGCGUCAUAGGCGUCUUUGCUGCUAUUGCAGCAAUUGUCGUCUGCCUUUUUAUUAAACGGAGGCGACAGCGACAGGCCGAAGAGCAGGGAGAGUUUGACGCUCCUAGUCAAAGAGGCAGUUCUUCCGGCAUGAUGGGGACGCCCAAGACCGGCGAGAUGUCAGAGAACCGAUUCGCCGGAGGGUCGGAUGGGAGGACUAUGGCCGAAAGUUGGGAGAACAGUGCCCAAGGCAGACGGCGAAGCACUCUGAUGCCUGUUGAUCCUCGAAUGGACCCCUUCAACAAAAACAUCUACAACCGGGCCGAGAACAAGAGCCACGAGAGCGUCAACACUCUCCGAGACGACCAAGAUUACUCUAGAAGAGUCCACAACCCAUCGAGGGUUCUGAGGGCAACCAAUCCAGAUCCGGAUGCCGAUUGAAAUUCCACUUACUCUUGUCUUUGUGUCGAACAAACUUCAUAAACUAUUUUCACGACGUACACGAAUUUUGUUCCCUCGCCUGACCGAC